AUGAAACUUCCCUUCUCAAACAGUACUAUUCAGUCUCAUUACACUGUCCAUAAAAUCAAGCCACUCCUCCCCAUUAACGUUUCUAAACCUUUCAAUAAGCCACUCCUAUCGCCAAGAGGAGUCCGUAUGGAUACGGACUCCUCCACCGCCGCCGUCGUUCAACACCAUAAAAAAGACAAGAUUCUUUUAAUAAUGGGAGCAACUGGGUGUGGCAAGACAAGGGUCUCCAUUGAUCUAGCUACACGCUUCAAAUCCGAAAUCAUUAACUCCGAUAAAAUGCAAGUUUACAAAGGUCUUGACAUCACCACCAACAAAGUCCCCAUUCAAGACCGCCUCGGCGUUCCUCACCAUUUACUCGGUGAGUUCGACCCAGAUGAUGGUGAGUUGACUCCCUCCGAGUUUCGGUUAGCCGGUGGAUUGGCUAUCUCAGGUAUUGUUUCAAGGCAUAAGCUUCCUAUUGUGGUUGGUGGGUCCAACUCCCUCAUUCACGCUUUAGUUGUUGACCGGUUUAAUCCCGAGUUAAACGUUUUUGAUGUGUCUAACCCGGUUUCGACCCAGUUAAGGUAUAACUGUUGUUUUCUGUGGGUGGAUGUGUCAUUCCCUGUUUUAUGCGAUUACUUAUGUAUGCGAGUCGAUGAAAUGCUCGAGUCGGGGAUGUUCGAUGAGUUGUCAGAGUAUUACUGCUCAGUUGACUCGGCGAGUCAAACAGGGUUGAGGAAAGCGAUUGGGGUGCCUGAGUUCGACCGGUAUUUCAAAAAGUACCCACCUGGGUCUGGGUGUGGCAGAGGUAUUGGUGGGGAAUGGGAUCGGGUACGAAGAGGACUAUACGAGGACUGUGUGAGGGAGAUAAAGGACAACACGUGUCAGCUUGCUAAAAGGCAGAUGGGUAAGAUAUUGAGACUAAAAGGUGCAGGGUGGGACCUACAAAGAGUUGAUGCGACGGAGAGCUUUAGAGAGGUGAUGAUGGCGUCGUCGGAAGAUGAUGAUAACAAGAAAAAAAAGAAAAGAAGGAAGAAGAAGAAGAAGAGGUGGAUGGAGGUUUGGGGGAGAGAUGUGAUGGAACCAAGCAUGAAGAUUGUGAAACGCUUCUUGGAGGAGUAG